AUGCUCAAGGGAAUGGUCAAAAGUCCAGCGCUGCGCAACGUGGGGAAAACGUCAAGGCAUCAAAACACUGGGGACAUGAUUGGAGGUGUCUACGAUCAGUAG